ACAUUUAGAGCAGGCUCGCCACAGAAAUAUUUCAAGUUACCUGACUAGUUGGUACUAUUGGUAGCUAGCAACAGUUCAGUGGACACAGUCGCGUCAGCCGGUCGUGCGAGAGCCGCGACACCACAAAAAUGUCGAAGAAAGUAUUGGAAUCGAAGCCGAAGGCGAGCGCCAGCAGCGACAAUGUGACGGAGACCACUCCGCUGGUGGGCAAGAAGGAUGGAGAUGGGGAGCGUCCAGGUCUCACCAUGCACCAGACUUCCAUCUUGAUUGCUGGAGAGAUGGCUGGGAGCGGUGUGCUGGCACUGCCACGGGCCCUCGUCAAGACCGGAUGGGUUGGUGUUCCAAUCAUCAUACUGGUGUGCUUGAUGGCCGCAUUCAGUGGCAAGAGGUUGGGUGACUGCUGGUCUAUACUGGAGGCUCGUGACCCAGAGAUGAGGACCCGCAAGAGGAACCCUUACGCGAUUAUCGCAGAACAGUCGCUCGGCAAGGCCUGGAGUGUGGUUGUAUCGAUGGCGAUGAUCGUGACCCUGUUCGGUGCCUCUGUGGUGUACCUGCUGCUGGCGGCUCAAAUCAUCGAGGCGGUACUCCUCUCCCUCGUGCCUUCCCUCACCAUCUGCACCUGGUACCUCAUUGUCGUCGGCGCCAUGACACCACUGCUGUUCUUCGGAACGCCUAAAGAUUUCCAUUUGAUGGGUCUUCUUGCCUUCGGCUCCUCGGUGGUCGCGUGUAUCCUGUACUUCAUUGAGAUGAUGAACGAGGCUUCACCAUACACCUUCCGUUAUGGUAUCCACGGAUUCAUGGACUUCUUCCUGGCAAUGGGAACACUUAUGUUCGCGUUCGGAGGAGCGUCCACAUUCCCCACCAUACAGAACGACAUGGCAGACAAAAGCAAGUUUGGAAAGAGUUUGCAGUACGGUUUCCUUGCUGUGCUCAUCCUGUACCUGCUGAUCGCCAUCGGUGGUUAUGCGGUGUUUGGCGAGCGAGUGCUGCCCAACGUGGCGCUCUCCAUGGCGGCCACCCCGUUGACGCUGGCCGCUAACGUGCUGAUGGCUAUCCACUUGUUGGCCGCGUUCAUCAUCAUCAUCAACCCCGUCUGCCAGGAGGUCGAGGAACUGUACAGUGUGCCCAGAGAUUCCGUUGGUUGGCGUAUGGCGGUGCGCGUGUCUAUAAUGCUGGCGCUGCUCUUCAUUGGCGAGAGUAUCCCUCGGUUCUACACCCUCCUGGCUCUGAUUGGUGCCACCACCAUCGCCCUACUCACCUACAUUCUGCCCUCUGUCUGCUACCUCCAGCUUGUGAACCAGCCCGUCCCUGAGGGACAAACACCCAUCGAGUCGCCCGGCUGGAUGAAGAUGGUGUGCUACGAGGUGAUAGCGCUGGGCAUCGUGGGAGGCGUAGCGGCUUCCAUCAGUGCCUUCGGAGCCAUCUUCAGCACGUCGAUGGCUGUGCCCUGCUACUUGUGAUCACACACAACUCAUACGCAGCUCUACAAUACAUUCACUUCAAUAUGUAUAGAUACAAUAUUUGAGCUGCUGUUAAAUCUUUUAAUGAAAACUAAAUAAAUAUAAAAAUAAAACAUUCUUUUGAAUUUUGUGUUGGGACCAGAUCCAGGCCACUUGUAACGCUAACUGUAGGUAAUGUUUACUAUGCGCUUGAUCAUAAAAGAGUCUCAGAAUGCUGGUAGGUUGUAAUAAGUAACCACGUUAGACUAGGCUAUGUAUCUACUUACAUUUAAACACAUUGUCUGUUAAUCGAAUAUAGGGGAGAAGGACGCCCCUCUUUGUAAUAAUAUUUGCCAUGAUAAGAGCUCGAUAUAAUAUUAAUU